AUGUUGGCCAAAAGAACGAAACCGCUGAGGAAACAGUUCCCCGGUAGCCAGUGCGGGGGAGCCGGGCGCCCCGCGUGGCGCCUCGGCGCAGGCCGGGCCGCGUUCGGCCUCCGCGCUCAGCGCUCCCUGCCCACGGCCUCCUCUCUCUGUUCGCAGGUGCCCCUGAAGAUCACCCUGCAUCCUGCUACAGAUGCAGGCUCUUUGAUUAAACAAGCUGAAAAAACUGUUGCUACAGACUGGAAAAAAAAAUUGACUCCGGAGCAAUUUUAUGUUACAAGAGAAAAAGGAACUGAACCGCCUUUCAGUGGGAUCUAUCUGAAUAACACAGAGCCAGGAAUAUACUACUGUGUGUGCUGCAAUGCCCCACUCUUCAGUUCAGAAAAGAAGUACAAUUCUGGAACUGGAUGGCCGUCUUUUUCUGAGGCUUAUGGUACUUGUGGCAGAGAUGAAAGUAAUACCAAUAUCAUGAGGAAACCAGAUGACUCACUGGGAUCAACAAGGACUGAAGUUGUCUGCAAACAGUGUGACGCGCAUCUAGGCCACGUGUUUGACGAUGGUCCUGCACCUUCUGGGCAGCGAUUCUGCAUCAACAGUGUUUCAUUAAACUUCAAACCGGGCUGCGGCCGGUAAGAAAUGGAUCUAUCUUUGUGGCUUACAGAACUUCC